UUAGCCUCUCUAUUUUGGGAAGCGGAAACGCGCGCUGGAAUGGCGUGGCGGAUCAACGGGAGCCGGAGUCUAAUCAGUAAGGCGAGAAGGCGCUGCUGCUUCCGGAUCGGAACUGUGCGCGGGAGUGGGACUUUAGAACGGCCCAAGCAGCAAAAAGCAGAGACGAUAACUCGAAGCCACGGGAUCAACAGGGACACAGACUGAAGAGGGAGAAGCAGAAGAAGUGCAAGAAGAAGAAGUCGACGAGGAGGAGGAGGAGAAAGGAGAAGCAGAGGAGAGCAUCAUCGAGGAGCACCAUUCGUCGUGAAGAAGCCAUAGCCUGCACUGCAGAAGCGCAGCAGGAUCAGCAGCAGCAGCAGCCAGCAGAGGAGGAGGAGGAACGAGCCACUUGUUGGGAGUGCAGGAUUCUAUUUACAAGAUUCGUGACCAAGUCUAGAAGAAAUGCAGGUAGCAGCGGCACCUUUCACGUCAGCUACAUGGACCAUUAGGAGGCCCGUUGGAACUGAUAAUGCUGCACGGAGGUUGAAUCCUCAGAGCUCAGUCGGACAAGUUAAAGCAACUGCCCGAUGUUUCACUCCAUUGAAGCACUCAGCAGCCUCUUCGGAGCUUCUGGGGAUGGGUUUAGAAGCAGGGUUCGGCCCUGCUCGCAUUCAGAAGCGGGCUACAUCUUCCGUGCGCGCCCAAGCUGCUGAUGGAGAAGCCUCGGGGGAUGUUGCCACUAGACAAUCUAAUCCUGCUACCACUGGAAUGGUCUUGCCUGCAGUUGGUAUUGCCUGCCUUGGGGCAAUCUUGUUUGGUUACCAUCUCGGGGUGGUUAAUGGUGCAUUGGAGUACAUUUCUAAGGAUCUAGGGUUUGCCACGGAUGCUGUAAAACAAGGAUGGGUGGUAAGCUCAACUCUAGCUGGUGCCACUGUGGGUUCCUUUACUGGAGGCGCCCUUGCUGACAACUUAGGUCGCAAGCGUACAUUCCAGAUUAACGCCGUGCCUCUUAUUGUGGGCACUCUUCUCAGUGCAAAAGCAACCAGUUUCGAGGCUAUGGUGAUUGGAAGAAUUUUGGUUGGUGUUGGGAUUGGAGUUUCAUCUGGUGUUGUGCCUCUAUACAUUUCGGAGGUCUCGCCCACAGAGAUUCGAGGUACCAUGGGGACAUUGAAUCAGCUCUUUAUUUGCGUGGGUAUCCUGUUAGCUCUGAUUGCUGGCCUUCCUUUGGGCAGUAACCCUGUCUGGUGGCGCACCAUGUUUGCCUUAGCUACAGUUCCUGCCGUUUUGCUGGGUUUAGGCAUGGCGUACUGUCCGGAGAGUCCACGCUGGCUAUACAAGAAUGGUAAGACCGCAGAGGCGGAAACCGCAGUAAGGAGACUUUGGGGCAAGGCAAAGGUCGAGAGUUCAAUGGCAGAUUUGAAGGCUAGCAGCGUGGAAACAGUGAAAGGUGACACUCAAGAUGCAAGUUGGGGCGAGCUAUUUGGCAAAAGAUACCGUAAAGUUGUCACGGUUGGAAUGGCGCUCUUCCUUUUCCAACAAUUUGCCGGAAUCAAUGCUGUGGUAUACUUCUCUACUCAGGUUUUCAGGAGUGCUGGCAUCACGAAUGAUGUAGCUGCCAGUGCUCUUGUAGGUGCUGCAAAUGUGGCAGGUACCACUGUGGCGUCCGGCAUGAUGGAUAAGCAAGGGCGUAAGAGCCUGCUAAUGGGCAGCUUCGCUGGCAUGUCACUUUCAAUGCUUGUGCUUUCGUUGGCGCUUUCAUGGAGCCCCCUUGCACCGUACUCUGGCACGCUGGCUGUCCUUGGAACAGUUUCAUACAUUUUGUCCUUCUCCCUUGGUGCUGGACCAGUGCCUGGCCUUCUGUUGCCCGAGAUCUUCGGUGCUCGCAUCCGUGCUAAGGCCGUUGCUCUUUCUCUCGGUGUCCACUGGAUUUGUAACUUCAUGAUUGGACUAUUUUUCUUGAACGUCGUUCAGAAGUUCGGUGUUAGCACAGUAUAUCUCUUCUUCUCUGCAGUAUGCGCGGCAGCAAUUGCCUAUGUAGGCGGUAAUGUGGUAGAAACAAAGGGGCGGUCACUGGAGGACAUCGAACGCGAGCUUAGCCCUGCUGUAUAGUAGCAUCAGUCGAAACCAUCACUUUUUUCUGAAAGUGCAAUGCAGUGGCUGUUGGUGUGGAAAAGUCUCUCCCGAACGGGUGUCUGACAUGAGCUGCAUGAAUCGUUGACGACUCGGUGUCUAGAGUCGGUCUGCGCCUUCUACGCAACGCUGAAGUGAAUUGAAGAGAAUUACUGAUUGAGUAGUGUGUAUUAUCCUCGAAGGCCAGGAGUGUUUUGCGCAACCUUCGGUGUCACUGUUGAGGACGAUGCUGACACUCAACAUGGUUAGGUUUGAGCAUUAUGGUUGUAAUUAGGUGACACAUUAGACAUUAGGGUGAUGGAUACGGUGUUGCAGUUAGAGUGUCAGAAGUUCGAUUCAGGAGCAGGCUUUCGUGCAUGUUUGGUUACUUAAAUGGUUGUGUAAAUUACUGCAAAUCGCUACGUUGCCGGAUAUUUCUUUGAAGUAAACGGCCGCUUUUUUGUAACAAAAUUCCCUUUUGCUCUUUGCUUU